AUGGGCGGUUUGGAGGGAUUACGAGGGGAUGGGGAGUGGCGGAGCAGGGCGCUGGCGGUACCACGUGACACGAAUGAGCCGCAAUUACGCCAACAGUACGGACCACGAUGCAGCGUGUCUUCCCCCGCGCAGCGCCCCUACGUGGCGGUGCUGAUAGUGCCCACGGGCGUGGGCGCGGAGAUCGGGGGUUUCGCGGGGGACGCGCUGCCGGUGGCGCGCGCGUUCAGCAGCGUGGCGGAGUGUCUGAUCGCGCACCCCAACGUGCUCAACGGCGCCAUGCUCUACUGGCCGCUGCCGCGCGCGCUCUACGUCGAGGGCCACGCGCUCGACCGCUUCGCGCGCGGGGAGUGGGGGCUGCAGCCCGUGCACAGCAACCGCGUGGGGCUGGUGUUCGACCGCGCCAUCGAGGACGACCUCCUCCAGCGCCACCUGCAGGUGGCGGACGCAGCGAGGGCAACACUGGGGAUUGACAUAGUGGGGUACACCGUCACCGACCGCCCCCUCAAGGUACACCGUCACCGACCGCCCCCUCAAGGUACACCGUCACCCCCCUCAAGCAAGCCCAUGUCCCCGUGGGCGUGUGUGGGGGGCGGGCAGCAGGUGCACAAGUGGGUGGACGGCGCCACAGGAGCAGCCACGGGGCGCAUCGACGAGGCGGACUCCCUGCUGCGCGCUGUGCAGACGCUGCUGGAUGCGCCCCUCGCCGCACACCCGCCCUCCCACGCGCACGCCCUCUCACCCGCAGCAGCCCCUGCUACAGGUGGCCGUGGGGUGGACGCGGUGGGCGUGGUGGCGCGCUUCCCUGACGAUGCAGAGGAGGUGCUGCAGCAGUACCGCGAGGGGAGCGGCGUGGACGUGCUGGCGGGCGUGGAGGCCGUCAUCUCCCACCUCGUUGUCCGCCGCUUCCAACUCCCUGCCGCCCACGCCCCCGCCCUCGCCCCCCUGCCCCUCCUCCCCUCCAUCGCCCCGCGCUCUGCCGCUGAAGAGGUGAGCGCUGACCCGUGCUGCUCACUGCCCACUGCAGGUCACUUGCUUCCGGCCCCACCUGAUGCUGCCUCGUCCUCCCCUCCCCCACGCACACGUGCCCCUCAGAUUGGUCACACGUUCCUGCCAUGUGUGCUGGCUGGCCUCUCGCGCGCGCCCCGCUUCGUCACCCGCCACGCCCCUCCCGGCACCGCAGCUGAGCGCAUGGGGGCAGGCGAGGGGCAAGAGGGGCAGGAGGGGGCAGCGAAUGCGAGCAGCAUUCCCACCAUCAUUGGGGGCGCAUGGGACUACAGCGGAGAUGCUGGCAGCAGCAGCAGCGGCACGAGCAUGAGCAUGAGCAUGAGCAUGAGCAUGAGCAGCAGCGGGGGAGGUGGAGGGGUGGUGUGGGCGGAGGACGUGGACUGUGUGGUGCUGCCCGUCGAUGCCUUCGGGGGCCCUGCCGCCCAGGCCCUCGCUCAUCGACCAGGCGGCCCGGUCAGUGCUGCACCCUGCCAUGCUGUGCUGCUGUCAAUGCUCUGGGCUCACAGCAACAGCUGCACUUGCUCUGCUGUAUCUACCUCAAUUCUCAUCGUUGUACCUGCAUUCACUGCGCCCCUCUUUGCCCAUCCCUCCACGUGCCUGUGGGCGCCCCUUGGUGCAUGGCAGCCGCUGUUCAUAGCGGUGGAGGAGAACACUACCGUCAUGGACGACCCGCCCUCCAAGUUUGCCAUCCCUGCUGUGGUGGUGGGCAACUACUGGGAGGCGCUGGGGGUGAUGGCGGCACACAAGGCAGGAGUGAGCCCGUGGUCGCUGCGCCGCCACGCCAUCUCGCACAUCCCACUCAUUCACCUCGCCCGCUCUUGA